UCUACAGAUGGACUUGGGCAGGAGGAACCCCCAAACCAACGCGCUCAGCCCUUGUUUCCCCCCCAUCAGGAUUUGUCCUUCCCAAAGCUUGGGCGGAUGGAGGAGGAGGCUGCGAGGAAGAGGAAGAUGCCUUGGGCCCCCCAGGCAGGCCCCGAGCUGAGGACGGAGAGCCCGGAGGACAAAUCCCCCCGUGAGACCCUGGUGGGAGAGGCCAUUUUGAAGGGCUCCCCGGCGCAGGAAGGCAGCGGGGAGGAAAACGGCCGGAGAUCCCCCCGCAGGAGGGGCUCCAAAGCCAGCCCAGGGUGCUCUGAGGAGGAAAGAGCCAGCCUGUGCUGGGAAGGCGGCCAGAGCUUGAGGGGGAGCUCUGAGCUGGUGGUCCCUGAGCAACCUCUCAGCAGGGAGAAGCCCUUCAGGUGCUUGGAAUGUGUUAAGAGCUUCAGGAAGAGUACCAACCUUCUCCAACAUCAGCACAUCCACACCGGGGAGUGGCCCUACCCAUGUGGGGAAUGUGGGAAGAGCUUCAGGAGCAACUCCAACCUGAUCCAACACCAGCACACCCACACUGGGGAACGGCCCUACACGUGUGGGGAAUGUGGGAGGAGCUUCAAGGACAGCUCCACCCUGAGCCAACACCAGAUGAUCCACACUGGGGAACAGCCCUACACUUGUGGGGAAUGUGGGAAAAGCUUCAGGCGGAGCUCCCAUCUGAUCCAACACAAGCACGUCCACACUGGGGAACGGCCGUAUAUGUGUGGGGAAUGUGGGAAGAGCUUCAACUGCAGCUCCAACCUCCUCACCCACCAGCGCAUCCACACUGGGGAACGACCAUAUCAGUGUGUGGAAUGUGGGAAGAGCUUCAACUGCAGAGCCAACCUGAUCCGACACAAGCACAUCCACACUGGGGAACGGCCCUACAAGUGCUUGGAAUGUGGGAAGAGGUUUCAGCGCAGCUCAACUCUCCUCCUGCAUGAGCAGACACACACUGAUGAGAGGCCCUUUCGCUGCACCGACUGCGGGAAGGGCUUCAACCGGAACUCCACCCUCAUCACCCACCAGCGCAUCCACACCGGAGAGAGGCCCUACAAGUGUGGGGAGUGUGGGAAGAGCUUCACCGACAGCUCUAACUUGACCAAACACCAACAGACCCACCGGUAAGGGAAGGCCUACAAGUG